AUGACAAGGCUUUAUCAAUCUCCUUGCUUGUUUGUGUUGCAGCGGCCUGACUGCGCCCCACGUAGUCUGACACAACUCAUCUUGACUUCACUCCUGCAUCGAACACCAAGCUCAACGAUUCAAACUACCCCUGUGACAAGAACGGGAAUGGGCUCCUACAGUGCCUACGACCACGCGUACGACAGUCGAUUCAAGAUCCCUUCCACCAGCUCACCGACGGCUGUGAAGCGAUUCUUGGAGACGAUUAAGGGAGGAGAGGGCAACGAGGAAAAGCACUACGCUCGGUGGCGCAAUGAGCAGGACGAACGCUGGCGUGCCCGCUUGCCUCGCAAGAGCGAGCGAGCAGCGUUGAGCCUGAAUGCCAAAUCGUCAAGCCAGUUGCAAUCUCGCUUCUUCCAACUGCCGCUCGAAGUGCGAGAUGACAUCUAUCAGUACAUCUUCGAUGGCGGCACUCUGCGGCUCGAUGUGCAAGAGAAGGUCGAUGGGAAGGUCGUGCGGAACAAAGAGCCGUAUAGGUUGAGGAAUCUGGAGCCACAGCAGUGCGUAGCCAUCCUGCAAGCUUGCAAGAGGACAUACGUCGAAGCUGCGCAUCUACUCUACACCACCCACACUUUUAUGUUCUCGGAUCUCACCAGUUUCCUGUGUUUCGAGCGACUCGUGCCCAGCCAUCAUUGGCACCGCAUCAAGAGUAUCGGUAUCACGUGGGACUACGAUGAGGUUGGUCACGACUUCGAAUACGACCACCUUCCGUGCCCGACGAAUGAGGAAACCUGGAAAGAAGUGUGUCGGGCCGUCUCCGAGAUGAAAGGGCUUGAACAUCUCAGAGUGGAUUUAGAAAAGUGCCCGAUGAACCCUUAUCAGGCUUCGGAUCUCGACCUUCAGCAGCCACUUCGGGACAUCACGGCCCCUAUCGUACUCGAUUUAUUCGUUUAUGGUAAGAGAAAAGCCUUGACCGCCAUCUGUGGGUGUGGAUGCGGGGGAAUCGAGGGCAGGUGUUACGGGAGCGUGGCGUUCGACCAAACUUCGCUUGACUACGAGUCAGACUCUGAGUAA